UAAAAUCACCUUGACAUUUGAUGGUCAAAGCUAAAAAAUUUUGAUUUGAUUAACAAUCAAACAACUGAAAACAAUUAGAUUAACAUAAUUUUUGCAUCAGGAAACAUUAAAUUGUAAGGGAAAGUAUUAUUAAGAAAAACUAACCAUUCAGAUCUAAAUUAACAAUCAAAUUUGAUUGUUUCUUGUUAUCAUUCAAUUUAAUUCAGUUCGUUUAUUGUUAUUUUUAUCAAUUUCUGUUCUAGUUAAACCUAAAAGAUGAUCAUGAUUAUCAAACAUUUGUCAAAAGAGAUAUUUACUUGUUAAUUGCCUGAGGGUAACGAGCAUAUUGUAAUGUAUGUGUUAAAUUAUUAAUUGAUUUUGACACUUGAUACCAAUGUAACCAGGUUAAUUGUACUUCCUUACGGCCUUUUGAACGUUCACAAUUAAAACAAACAACGAUAAUAUCAAGUGAUAGUAUUAAAUUGUUGUAUUGAUUAACUGUCCAGGUUAACCGAUUGAUGAAAUUGAUGAGGAUGUUAAUCAAUGAUAGUAAAGGGAAAAAGAUUUAAGAUGAAGAUAAUAUGUCACAUUACAUGUAAACAAUUAACUAAUUAAUAUUGGAAAGACUUUACCUCAGGCUAUAUUCAAACAUGUAACCUUUUUGUUUACUUUUUUAUUUGAUUUCACUUGUUUUUGGUUAACCUUUUUUUGUGUAAACAAUUAAAACCAUAAGGGUAAAUCGUUCAGUAAAUCAUUUUUAAUAAUCAAUAAAUUACACUUUAAUUAGUUAAUUUAUAAACUUUGAUCAAGGUAAAAUUGAUAAUUAGCACACAAUCGAUCACCCAACGAUUUGGAACUCUCUUCAAGGCAUUUGGUGCGAUGAUAUAAAUUGAUUCACAAACGGUCAGUAUUGAACAGUUAAUUGUUAACAGUCACGUUGUUAAAUCAUCUUUUUGUAAAAACCAAUCAAAUUCACAAUCAACAUCAAACUCAAAAUGAUUAAGAUCGUUGGAAUCGUUUUAAUUGCUCAUUUGAGCCUCUCAUCAGCCUCGGCGAUUCUUUCAUCAUUACCUGUGGCUGUUGCGAACACCGGUAAUUCAGUUCAAAGUCAAACUCAAGAUUCUCUUGGUAAUUAUGCUUUUGCUUACACGGAAAAUCAUGCCACCGGUGGUACAUCUCGUAAGGAAUCAGGUAAUCCUCUUGGUCAAGUGGUCGGUUCUUACUCGUUAGGUAUUGUUGAUGGACGUCAACGAAUCGUUAAUUAUGUUGCCGAUGCUUAUGGUUUCAGAGCUCAAGUUUUAACCAACGAACCAGGAACUGCACCAACUGACCAACCUUACCUGUAGCUCAACCUGUUCCAGUUGCUGUUGCUCAUCAACCUACAGCCUAUCUUACUGGUCACCCUGGUUAUCCUCAACCAGCUUUACCAGCCGUUCAACCUGUAGCUUAUGCACCAACUUACAGUGUCUCACCUUAUCUUGGUUAAAAUUAUCAUCUUAAUCUGUGUGUUCACUUGUGUUCAUUUUAACAUUGGAUUAACUGUGAUCUAAACUACAAAAUUAUCUGAUAAUCAUCAUCAAUCACCUUCAUCAUUAGUGUUAAUCACAAUUAACAAUUUAGUACAAUUUUUCUUACCCAUUGUUUUCUACCAUUGUUCAUUGAUCCCUUUGGAUUUGAUUGAUAAUUAAUCGUAACCAGUGUGAUUUGUUGUUAAUCAAAUGUUCAUUAAAAGUGAUAAAUUAUUUUCGGAUUAAGAUUAAUUUGCAUUUCUAAUUACAACGAAUAGUCAAUUUUAAUUGUGAUUUAAAACAAAUAUCUUGUAACAAAAAAUACAAUUUAUAUUUAAACGAUAAUAAAUACUUGCUUGAAAAAAAAAACUUAAUC